UGCCGCCGCAAAGCCUGCUGGGAGCUGUAGUUCCGACGGCCUCACGUGACGGGCGUCCGCCAUUUCCCAGCGUGCUCAGCGGCGGAGCGGAGCCCGGGGCGCCGGUCGGCCCCCCCUCUCCGGAUGCGGGGUCCCUUCCUGGUGGCCACCGGCCGGGGGCUCCGAGCCAUGGGGGACGCCGGCCCGCUGGCUCGCGCCAUCCGCGCCAAGCUGGCGGCGGCCCUGCACCCCACGCACCUCCAAAUCCUGAACGACAGCCCCCGCCACGGCGGCCCCCCCGGCGCCGAGACCCAUUUUCGGGUGGUGGUGGUCAGCGGGCGCUUCGCGGGUCUGCCCCCCCUCCAACGCCACCGCCUCGUCCACGCCGCCCUUCGCACCGAGCUGGCCGGCCCCCUCCACGCCCUCGCCAUCGUCGCCAGGACCCCCCAACAAUGGGAGAGCGACCCCCACGUCCCCCCCCCGCCCCCUUGUUCGGGGGGGGGGGGCGGCGGGGCCAAGCACGAGCGGCGCGGGGCCGCGGUGGGGGAGCAGUGACGAAAACAUCCCCCCCCCCCCCCGCCCCCCUCCACAGCCCCAAUGGGGGGGCAACAAAAAUAGCGGGGUGACCCCCCCUCCCUGCAUCACCCCCAGCCACCACGCAGCGUGUCCCCCCCAACUUAAGGUGGGGGGGGAUUUUAGAGUGGGGGUGUCCCUCCUGAUUUACUGGAAAUCUUUAAAUCUUCACCAUCUCGGGGGCGCAUCCCCCCCACCCUGCACCCCAAAAAAUAAACCCCGCUGUUGGAAACCA